AUGUCUACAAAUAGCAAUACCGUCAUCAGCCUCAAGUCGGCGUUCCUACGCACGCAGACGCGUAUCUUGUCGCAGCCGCUACUAGCUCCAGAAAGAUGGAGAACAGGCAACUUGGAAGCAUCUGAUAUUCCAGAGAACGUGAUGAAGGAUGUAAUCAGAGAAGUCAACCGCCUCCUCCGCCGACACACCAAAUCCGCCUACCCAUCUCUAGCCAUCCGCCACGUCGCCGAACAAAUCGACGCCCUCUACUGGUCUGCCGGCGCCCCUCCCCUCUCCAUCACAGCACCCCACGACGGCCCCUCCAUCCACUCCGACCAGCAAACAUCACCAACAUCACCCCCGCUCUACCCCCUCCACCCCUCCGCCGACCUCACCGCACAUCCCACCAUCGCCGCCCUCCCACCCACCUGGGCAGAAGCAUCAUCCGACGCCACGUCCACGUCCACGCCUUUGCCGGACGCAGACGCCGACGCAGCAGCACGCUACGAGAGACUCGUCGCGCGGCUGCAAGAGCUGGAUGCGCGCAGGCGGGCGGCGCGCAGGCGGCUGGAGCGGUGCAGAGAGGUGCGGGGGCGGGUGGAAGCGCUCGCGGGGCCGAGGGAGAACGUGCAGGCGAACUUGGUGACGCGGGAUGGGGAGUUGAGCAAGGGCGUUGGGGAGGCCAAGACUUUGGGGGUCAGGGUCGGUGCGAGGGUGGGGGCUUGGGCGGAGGGGCUGGAAGCGGGGGAGGAGGGGCGUGAUGGGGUGGCGGUAGUGGUGGGGGGUAGGAUGAGGAGGGAGAUGGAGAGGGAGAAGGUGAGGGCGUUGUUGGAGGGCUGCGACUACGGUAAGUGCUGGAGCGGGGCGCAAACCGCUGCAUGCAACCGGGGAUGGGUUGAGGCGGGCCGGGAAAAACCAGGGACCGGCGCAGCUGCUGAAUGGAAGGACCGCGAUACGGCUUUAGCGCCGAACGUAGACAGCGCGCAACGUGCCAGCCAACCCACGGCGCUAACGCUACCAGCCCAGCAAGUACACGACGAUCCAACUACCAGGCUACUCGCCCUUCGCACUUUCGUACAGCAUUCAUUUCCACAGCAACAGUCCCCUCGCGACCGCUCAUCGCCCAGCUUAGUACGACCAAGACGCGCUCUCGAAGCUCCGCAUCCAGCGCGCCGGACCCAGAGCAACGGCGGUAGCUCCUCCGGCGGCGCCACGACCGCCUCCGCCUCCCCUGCGUCUCUCCUCCCGAGGAGCAUGAACAACGCCUACAUUGACGCUACAAACGGCAUGGCAAACUCUCUCCCGCGUCAACCCCCCAAUUCGGGCUCCGGCCACCAGCCCAAUGGCUCCGGCGGCAUGCCGAACCUGGUGAACGGCCUGCUGAGCGGCGGCCACCAGACCGACAUGAACCACCUGUGGCAGGUCGUGCAGCAGCUCAGCGACGUGCUGCAGGAGAACCGGAACCAAACCGCCAACAUCAUGAACAGCGUGCAGCAGAUCCAAACCCGCGCCGCCCAAGAAGGCACCUCCCCGACCAUCGCCCAAGUCAACGGCGACCUCGCCGCCGCCACGAACCGGCAGCAAGCCGCCGAGAUCAACAACCUGCGCGCCUCGCUGCAGGCCGCGCACGGCGCCGCGUCGUCGCUCGACGCGCAAAACAACGCGCUGCGCUGCCUGGUGCAGGACUACGAGACGAGCCUGGCGCUGGUGGUGGAGAAGCUGCGGCCGUACGCGCACCAGCAGCACGACGCCAUGCUCGCCCUGCACGCCCACUACAACGCGCUGCUCGAGCGCGAGCGCCAGGCCAACCUCGAGCUGCGCCUCGAGCACCAGGACUGGCAGGCCGGCCUCGGCCGCGUCGCGCAGUUCGCCCGCCACGCGCUCAAGGAGAGCGCCGACGCCGGGCUGGGGUACGAGCGCCGGAUCCGCGAGCUGAAGGCCGAGAAUCGCAUGUUGAGGCGCUUGGCGAAUUGGGAGGAGGUGAGCGAUAGCGAUGAGGAGGAGGAGGACGAGAGGAGGGAGAAUGAGUUGCAUAUGCAUUGA